UGAAUUCUUCCUCCGCUGGGGUUCAAUUUCGUUCCUCUUCGUCUCUGUCACGGGCGAUUGCACGAGUGGAUUUCCAGAGGACUGAUGCUUGAACUCUGAUUUGCAUUGUCAAACGCAUCUUCGUCUUUCUCUGUUCAAGGCGCCGUGGUGGGUUGAGUUUUGUGCAGAGCUUCAUUUUCCUCCUUUUAUCUACUGGUGGUUUGGUUUUAGUCGGUGUUCUUGUAGGGCAGGUUUGGGACUCUUGCUCUAAGGCACUUCCAUGGUUUUUUUUCUGAAUUUAAAAUUUGUUGCUUCACACCUCUCCUUGGUAUUGAGCGUCUUAAUGCUAAUCUUCAACAAGCUUGAGAAGUUCUGAUGAUUUUGUUGUAUAAGGUUAUUACUCUAUGCCUUACAAGAUAGAAAAGCUUGGAGGCUUUUUCUUGAAAGAUGCAUGAGUUACCAUUUCAAGUUGGUCAAUUGGCUGAGACAAGGUCUUUACAACCGGGUUAUCGUGGUGCUUGGUUUCGUUGCAAGAUUCAAAAGAUUCGUGAGAAGAAUGGUGAAUUGUCCUAUCGCAUGGAAUAUGUUGAUUAUCCUGACCAGGGGUUGGAAUGGGUAAAGGUAUAUCAAAAGCCCCGUACCAAAAAAUGUUUGAAAUUGAUGGUACGACCUUGUUAUCCAACUAUGUAUCUUGAAAGAGAAAAACCUGAUAUGAGGACUAUCUCCGAAGAAAUAGUUAUUGUUGAUAACACAUGGAUGGUCGGAGAUUUGGUAGAUUUUUGCGCUGAUGGCUGUUAUUGGUCCGGAAGAGUGGCUAAGACGUUGGAAGAUGGGAAGUUCCAGAUCGAUUUGUUCCCCCCUCCAGUGGGUGAAGGAUCAAGCUAUGAAGCUUUCUACAAAGACAUCCGCCCAUCUUUGGAUUGGAGUCCUAAGAAAGGUUGGACAGUCCCUAAAGCUAAGGUGCUAAAUGGUGGAAAACAACGGCUUUGUGCUCAGUUAAUUAAGCCUGAACAUUCAGAUGGAAAAGCAGCUGUUCAAACUUCCGUAAGUACAUCCUCACAAUGUAGCUCUCCACAUUCUUCUCCAAUUACUGUGCCUUUCUUAGACGCUCCGGAGGGACGCAUCACAGUGAAUAAUGCUGCUAGAACCGGCAUGGACAUAGAAGCAGGUGAUCCUAGCACUAGAGAAACGAAUUAUUCAGAUAAUGCUCCAAGUACUCAUAUUAGGGCUGAGUCAGCUGAAAAUAUGCCCAAGAAAGAAAUUAAUGACGGGUUGUUUAAUGAACAACCCCCAAAAAAGUUAAGAAAGGAUAAAAGUAUUUGUCUAGAUUCAAUGUUUUUACAUAGCAUAGAAGGUGCAAUACUGGACUUGGAGGAGCUUGUAAAUAGAGUUAAAUGGAUAAAGGGCCUAUUGGAGUUUGGGAUGCCUUCGUCAUGUACUGGCCAAUCAUUUUGGGAAUUUAGGCAGCAUAUUGCAUAAUUGCUUUUUUCUUUUUUAUGUACCAUAUUUAAAUGUAGCUUGCUUCUGGCCAGAUGCAAAAUCAGCGACAUCUUCAUUACAUUUUGUUAAUUCUUUGAUACUGGUGAUAUCAUGUGAUGUAACAGUUGCCCAAAAACAAAAGGAGAUAAUUUGUAAUGCUCAGAUUUAGGUUGUACGCGGAUUUAGGGGGAGUACCAUGACAUGUAGCGAUGGUGAGUUGAUAUCUUUUCAGGCCUAGUUGUGACAAGGGUUAGAGAUGAUGACGGGGAAGUCAUUAUUUGCUUUAUAACUCAAUCUUUGUGACUAGCAUAUUCUUCUAGUAAGUUGGUUGACUCACUAAAUGAGUAAAGGGGCAUCACUGAGUUAAACUGAAUCUUGUGUGGUUGUGUAUGAAUGUUCAUUAGUCGUUACUUCCA